GUGGAGCCGAGAGCCCCCGGAACUGCUCGGCUGCUGCCGCGGAUUCCCAGAGCCCCAGCGAGGGCCCGGCCCUGGACGGUUUCCCCCUGAAGCAUUCCAACACCUUGACCAACAGACAGCGAGGCAACGAGGUGUCAGCACUGCCGGCCACACUGGACACGCUGUCCAUCCACCAGCUCGCUGCCCAAGGGGAGCUCAUCCGGCUGAAGGAGCACCUGAGGAAAGGUGAGAAUUUGGUGAACAAACCCGACGAGAGAGGCUUCACCCCCCUGAUCUGGGCUGCGGCUUUCGGGGAGAUCGAGACCGUGCGGCACCUUCCAACAGGUCAUCGAGAACCACAUCCUGAAGCUGUUCCGGAACAAGAAGAAGAAGAAGUGAGGAGGCAUCUCCAGCUCUCCCCAGCAUCGCCAUGGCCUCACCCCACGCUCCAGGCAUGGAGAAAUCCAGAAUUUCUGCCCUCAUGGACCUCUCGUGGCUGCCAUGCCCAAAAUCCAGGGACACUCACUCCAGCCCUGGCUGGACUCGGCUGCUCUGUAUUGGAAAUAAACUUUAAUUGCAGUUAAACUCUGUGGAGCCCUA